UACAACAAAUCAAGAGGGCUAUGGUCAUCUCAACAUGGCAGCAAUAAUAUAAAAUGUGAAAUUUUUUGUUACAAUACAAACAUUUUGCUAUAAUAUACAUUAUUACUUUUGGAAAUGGAAGAUGCUGAUCGAGUGUCGUUCGUAAGUUCGGUAAAAGAACCCAGUGUAAUAUCCGAGAAUAUUCCUGCUGAAGUCACACCAGAAGAAGUUGAACAGGAUAUCCCGGUAGUCACACCAUUGGUGCUACCAGCACCUAGUCCAGUGCACAGUGAAACCCCAUCUGCUCAACCUGCACCAAUAGCCCCGUCACCGACCAGUCCAAAACAGGCCAGCCCACUCCCCUCCCCAUCCAUUGGUACAGCGCAUUCCGCAAUACGUAGCACUACCGCAAGUGAGCAAAUCUCAAGAGAUAUGUCUACCAAAGAAAACAAGUCUCCAAAAUCCCAAAGUGUAAAAUCAGGUCAACUUGGCGGCAAGAUAAUGAACGCUAUCAACACCCUGGUGAAGCCAGCAGGUCAGACUCAGGAUGCCAUAAGUGAGAGAGUUGAUGAUCUCAAACAAAGAGUUCAAAGCCUUGCAAGCGAUAUUGUCGAUUCACAAUCAAACAAUUUAACUACCAAUAUAGAUAAAAUAGCCACAAUGAGCAAAGCACUUACAAGCGAAGCCAAUGCUUUGCGACAAUCCAUAAAAAGUUUGUCUGAAGACAUCGCACGUACUAAACAAGAGUUAUGUUACUGUGGUAACGAGGAAGAUAUUAAUUUUCCCUACCAUUUAUUUCUUAUCGAAAUUAUAAUAAACAAAAUACAUAUGAAGUGUGAAUGUUUCGAAAUUGAUUACAACAACUUGGUUAUAUCAGCAGUGUUUCUGGGGAAACCACCUAUUAUAUUAUACGAUUCAUCUUUUGGUAAAAUCGAAAACUUCAACAAACUUAACGUCGGGAAAUCGACCUUAUUUGCCAUGACUUAUGAUAAAAUAUGCGGUAUCAAGGAUUUUGAAAUAGUCUUAUUACUAACCAAACAACCGCCCUGUUCUACAUGCGUCACAAAGAUAGCUGAAACGCACCUGGACUACACCAAUGAAUUUAUUUCUUUACGAGAAGAACUUUGCAAAAAGUGGAUGCAAGAGCAGCCAGCGGACAACAUACUGUGCACUACAUCGAUUCCGCUUUCUAAGAACAUGUAUUACCUAUCUUGCUGCGAUGGAGAAAAUAGGGACUCAAUAGGUGUUAUAGAGGUCACAGUAAGAAUGUCAUUUUUGGGCAAAGAGAUAACAACUGCUUUCUGCGCCUCGCCUAAACCACAGGGUACCUCAUUCCUCUUGAAAGAGGACCAUGGCAUGACCAUGUAUUCGUGUCACAAGGUUGAAAUGGAUGACCAAGGAAAGAUACUCCUAGAUGAAGGCGUUUUAUCAAAAAAAGCCAUGACCUGUGGAGAUCAAUAUAAAAGAUCAGAUAGCCCGGCUUCACAAAUGUCUUCUGCUUUGUCCAGACGAUCUUACGAACAAGCGCCUCAGUAUGAGAAUCAUCACGGUGAUCGAGCUUCAAAGUAUGACGAAAUUUAUACCAAAAUGAAUGUUAACGAGUUAAGGAUAAGAGUACCCAAGAGCUCUAGAGUCGAAAGAAUGGGCAGGUAUGACAAGAUUCAAGAACUAUGUUCGUGUGAAAGCACAGCUUUUAAUACCGGAGAACAGAUACAGUUCGAUCUGCCUAAGGAUGCAACAUACCCCGAAAAAACGUAUACGUCAAACCUGAAAUACACUUUGAAAGCCAACGAAAGACCGCAAGACAAAAAAGACAAGAAAAUUAUAAACAUUACCCCUUCUUCUUGUCCAGUCCCCGUGGACAUGGCCAAAGUUUUACAUCCACAGAAAGACGUUUUCAUUCUCAAAAUAGGAAAAAAACUCGAAACGAAAGAUAAAAAGACUGACCUUGAGAUCGAACUUGUUACGCCAAAGGCUCCCUCUGAAAAACCAUUAGAAAGUAAUAACACUGCCCAGCAGUACAGCGGCACUGAUAUUAAGUCGAACGAUGGAAAAAAGAAAGAAAAGAAAGGAAAAAAAGAUAAAGGUGGUAAAGGAAAGAAAGGCAAAAAAGGGAAAAAGAAGUAACAGGGACACAAUCUAUUUGAAUAAAGUCCUUAAAAAUA